AUGUCUUCCGAGCCAAUUGUCAACGGUCUUUUCAAGCACGACAACACCCCUGCCCCCAAGGCUGGUCGUAUCCUUCCUCUCUUCUCUCUGAAGGGCCGCACUGCCAUCGUCUCCGGUGCUGGCGCCGGUAUUGGUCUGGCUGUCGCUCAUGCCCUCGCUGAGGCUGGCGCCAACGUUGCCAUCUGGUACAACAGCAACAAGAAGGCUCUUGACCGUGCCAAGGAGAUUGAGCAGACCUAUGGCGUGAAGGCUCGCGCCUACCAGGUCAACAUCACCUCCGCUGAGGCUGUCCAGCAAGCUGUCGACGAGAUCGUCAAGGAGUUCAACGGCCGUCUCGACAUCUUCAUCGCCAACUCUGGUAUCCCAUGGACUCAGGGUGCUAUCAUCGACGGUGAGAUUGACCACUACCGCAAGGUCGUCACCACCGACCUUGACGGUACCUUCUACUGCGCCCGUGCUGCUGCCAAGCACUGGAAGCGUCAGGCCGCUGAGGGCACCGACCUCAACGGCAAGAAGCUCGAGAACUACACCACCGGUAGCUUCGUCGCCACCGCUUCCAUGAGCGGUCACAUUGUCAACAUUCCUCAGCUCCAGGCUGCCUACAACGCCGCCAAGGCUGGUGUCAUCCACCUCGUCCACUCUCUUGCCGUCGAGUGGGUUCAGUACGCUCGUGCCAACUCCAUCUCCCCUGGCUACAUCGCCACUGAGAUCUCCGACUUCGUUCCCCAGGAGGUCAAGAACAUCUGGAAGGACAAGAUCCCCAUGGGCCGUGAGGGUCAGGCCCACGAGCUCACUGGUGCCUACCUCUACUUGGCCUCUGACGCCGCCUCGUACACCACUGGUGCCGACAUUGUCGUCGACGGUGGCUACGUUCUUCCUUAA